AAAAAAAAUUAAUCAAAAGACCUGAACUAAUCUAAUGUAAUUUUGUUUCAUGUACAUGUUAUAGUUACAAAUUAAUGCUCACAUACAUUGUACACGUGAUAUACAAAAAUCACAUCUUACCAACCAAAAUAUAACCUGAAAGAUCAUUGAUUUUCUCUAGGUUAAGGCAAUUUAUAUAAACUGAGCUUAAAGUUUCACACAUAACAUAUAAGUCAAUUAACAAAUGCUCCAGAUCUUCAUUAUUAAAUUAAUUGAUAUCUUUUGAAACACUUUGUCAACGAUUAAAAUAUCGGUUUCUAAUACCAAAUCUUUUUUUGUUGUGAAUAUUUGACUGAAUAAUUUUGUUACUCAAACGCGGGAAAUAAUAAUGCGCAAAGAUGAAAUUAAUGUGUCUAUCUUUUCUAUCAGGCAAACAUUACGACGAAUUAAUCUUCAAGUUCAGUUGAUUUUCAGUGCUACUGUAGUUAAGUUGAAAGAACUACAGUCACUUCAGAGACGGAUUCUUACAUUUUACUCAGUGACCUGCUUUCUCGUAUUUUAUGUAGACCAAAGAUGUUAUUAUCAAUAAAAAUUAAUCUCAAUUGAAAUGCUGAAAAACAGCUUGAGAAACAUAUAAGGUAAGUUAGCCUUAAAGUGUUUAAUAUGUGAAAGUCUGUUCGUAUUAUUUGUACACUUCUUUUUUACCCUCAUACUAUAAUGUUUUUUUUCUUUUUUAACAUGUCUGACAUUUUUCUAGCUCUUCUCUCAGUAAUACAUGCUCCAAGCAUAAGAUUUAUGCUCAUGACCACAGCCAUUGUAUUUUUCGUAACAUGUGCAGUUAUAGGAUUAUUAAAACUUCAGUGGAAUGGUGAAAACUUCUGGUACAUUAUUCAAAUUAUUUAUCAUAGAAGAUAUGAUCAUUAACAUACAAAUCACAUUGUUUAGUUUUAUAGAAAAACACUUAAUACUUCAAUGGAUCAUUCGUGGUUGGAUGUUGUUUUCAUUAUUAAUUCAUAUUGUUUACAAGAAAGCUGUAAAAUAAACUGGUAUGAAUAGCCUUUUUUGUUGUUGUAUUGUAUUGCUGAAAGAAUUCAAUUCACCACAUAAUAUUAAAGAAUACAGCGUAUGGUUAUAACUGGAAAAGGAUUAACUAUUGAUUUUUAACUUAACCCCCCCCCGCCGCCGCUGAAUCAUUCCCACAACAAUAGAAAGGUGUUUUGUUACUAUGACGUUGUAAACAAAUAAGAAAAAUGUUUCAGUAUUUGUUUUUUUCUUCCUUUUUUGCUUUUUGUCUAGUAAUUUUUUCACUUAUCAGAUUUUAACACCUUCUUCCACUAUCUUUCUGAUUUUUAGAUUACAUAAAAUCCAGUGUAAUUAAAAAAAUUCAAGGGAAAAAAGUAAUAUCUGUUAUAACAUAUAAUUGUAUUCAUUUCAUUUACUUAUUAUUUCCAUAUUCUUUUAAUACACCAUAUUUCCUAAUGUUUUUCUCUUUAAUCUCUAAUAACUUUACACAUUAAGAUGAUAAGAGUGCCAGCCUAAAUUUACUGAGUAAUUGAAAGAUUAUAUAAUUUGUAUCAGUGCAUUUCAAUGGAAAUUUUCAAAUUCUUAUUCAUAAUUAUAAUCUCUUACUAAACUAAACUAACAAAAUCAGAAGUUACUGGAUAAGGAUGAAUGUUUUGUAUGAUAUGCACUUCAUCCACCUUUUGAGGGGUUAUCAUCACUAAAUACAUUUACUAUUCGUACAUUUCAAUGUUUAGUAUUGAGUUUCUGUCUAAAAUCAUAAUAAUAUCAUGAAUCAGCCAGAUAGAUGACAACAAAAGUUAUACUGUACUAACAAAUCUGUUAUGUUGCAUUAAGAUUGAAUCUUCAGUUACAAAUAUGUUUUUUUGCGAAAGAAAUUCUAGAAAUU